AUGGACUUCACUCAGAUAACCAGUCUCACAAAUCGUCAGAUAGAGCACAGUGACUACGAUGAUGAUCGAAAAACAGCGACAACUCUGAAGGCUCGAAAUUUUGUGCAACUAAAGAUUGUCAAGGCAUUCAGAGAAUAUCGAAAUCUCUAUAAUGUGCAGCAUCGCUUGGGAGGCAGGAUGAUAUAUCCAGAAUCACUAAAAUUCUUGGCUUUGUAUGGAUUGACACUAUUUAAAUCAACAGCCCUUCGAGGUGGGCAUGCUGAUGUUCAGCUUGAUGAACGCUGGUCAGCUGGAUGCACAAUGAUGGAUCCAAACAGCAACAGACCACUAAUUAAAGAUGAAUGGCAGCAGCGAUGUUGA